GUAAAAAGGUGCAGAAUCCCUUUCAUUUCUUUCACUUUCCAAUGGCAUCAUGGAGAAGUCUACAUGUGCCACAACUAAAUCGUUUCAAAAAACCUAAACGACUUGACGACGGGUCGCAUGUGCAAUGUCAAUUUCCGGAAAGACUGCGAUCUGCGCCAUUUUCAUCGCGAAUUUGAUGUUCUCCAGUGGAAACAAAACCUUCAUUACUACUUCAAAUAUCCUCUCAGACAUUGUCAUUCCCUUGGAAAAUGAACAUUGGAGUCUUUCGAGCAGUGAUCUUGUGUUCACAAACUUGACAGCUAAAGUCCCAGGAGACCUUCUGUCUGACUUAAUCGCGAAUGGACUCAUCGAUGAUCCAUACAUAGAUCGAAACUUUUUGACCCAGCGGUUUGUAUGGACAGGGGAGAAUCAGUGGGGCCCAACUGAUGGUUACAACGCCAGUAGUAUCGAAAGUGAGAAACAUAAUGACUCAAACGGAAAGAUAUUCCAACAGAAGAGGACUUGGAUCUACUCUACCACGUUCAAAUUGUCAACACGCCACUCAGAGAAAGUGUCAUGGAAACUGGUUUUGGAAGGUAUUAAAAUGGGAGCUGAUAUCUACGUCAAUAAUGUACAGAUUGGACAGGCUGUGGAUCAAUUCUUGAGAUAUGAUUUUCAGAUUGAAGAUUAUAUUUUAGAAAAGGGGUUACCUCUCGAUCAUAGUCGUCACCACAACUUGACAGUUGUGUUUGAUCCAACUAUUCAAGUGAACGGACGAUUCUCUGGUGAGUUCGAGUACUAUUCUAAUUAAACUCUUUAGGCAUGCGAAUAAAGCACAAAGUAUUUCCGGACAUGCAAUUGCAAGAAGAAAAAUCUCCAUUGACAACAUAGAACUCAUUUGAUACUGUCUUCAUUUCAUUUGAAGGAUGUUCGGGGGGCUGGGAUUGGAGCCCAUACACGAAAGUGAGGGAUGCUCAGCAACUUGACAUCUUCACGUUGGGGAUUGUUAAACCAGUUUAUAUAAUCGGAGUCGGGAUUCAACAGUUUUACGUAUCUCAUGUGGUUCCAAAAAUAUAUUAUUUAGGAAAGUAUCCAGCGAAGCCAUUGAGAAAGGCAGAAGCCGACUUUCGUCUUACUGUUGAUGUACACCUCGAAUUUGUCACCACCAACUUCAAUAGAUUCGCCUCAAACUCCUCGGUAAUUUUAAAGACCAAUUUCGCCGAACAAGUCGAGACAAUAAUUCCGAUUCCAGCACCUAAAAGCUUCAAAGAACUUUCACAAGUCAUUAGCAUUAACUUGAUUGUACGGAAAGAUUCAAUCGAUUUGUGGUGGCCGAAUGGUAUGGGAAAACAACCUCUUUACAACAUCUAUGUAGGAACUACUUUUAUUCACUGUAGGUGGAUUAAAAGAAGGGUCGGGUUUCGCACAAGUGCACUUGUGACCAUCAAUGAAAGCAAAAAUAUUGAUAUCACUGCGGCACAUCAGGAAUCAACAGAAGGGAGUGGUCAGUUUGGUAUGUAUUUCCGAAUCAAUGGAGCGACUCUAAUGGCUCGCGGCGCAAAUUUUAUUCCAAUGGAUCAACUAGAAGGACGGCUCACGGGUGAAGGACACAAAAUUGGCAUCCAGACAGCUUCGAAAGCAAACAUGAAUAUGAUAAGAGUAUGGGGAGGAGGAAUGGUGCCACCUGACCCAUUUUAUGAUGCUUGUGAUGAAGAAGGUAUUCUUAUCUAUCAUGACAUGAUGUUUGUGGAAGAAGGCGGUCAUCGCCCUUUCAAAACAAUCACCAUAUCGAACGAGAUACGACACUUGGUCCGAUCUCUUGCCUCUCAUCCCAGCCUACUUGUUUGGAAUGGUUGCAAUGAGUGCGAAGUGAUAAUGGGGACCCCAUCCGAAAUCUAUGCAAAUUUUGUCAUGGAGACAGUUGCAGAGGAGGAUGAUACAAGGCCAAUUUGGCCUAGUAGUCCUUCGAAACAUGGGUGGAAAUCAGGUGAGAAUAACUGACGGAUAUAGUUGGCGAUUGCAAAAGCUUUUUUUCUCACCUGCUACGUUAUAAUGCAUUAUAAACAGGUGUAAGGCGUAUUGAUAGUCGCCCCCUACCAAACAAUAGGAAUCUGACAACCUGGGAGCCUGACGCCUUCUCAACACAUUUAGAGUCUCACGGUCCAUACAUGCGGUCCUUUUCUCAUUCAUAUCCUGGAGUGAAUGGUUUAGAUGUCAAUUUUCCGUACAGAAAUACUCCCCCUGAAUUGAGAAAGGUCAAUAUUGGUUAUGAUCAUCCAAAUCAGUUCGCAUCGGAAUUCGGCUCAUCAACAAUGUCCUCGUUUGAAAGCAUGAAAGGUACAAUUAGCACGAAGCACUGGAGUCUACACGGAGGUGGUGAUCCUGACGAUUGUGAGAUCGAUUAUGGAAAUAAAAAUAGAUGCAAGGGUACAAACAUUAUGGCAGAGAGGGUAAGGGCCCGAGAUCAAUUGUUUUCUUUCGCGUUUUAAAAACAAUGAUUGUACGGUGGCUUUUUCGAACUAAAAUCGAUAUCAAUUUAUUUUGCUCUAUUGUCAUCUAAUCAUUCGUGCAUUUUCAAAAGAACUACCCUUGCGACUCCCAUAUACGUGCUUAUUUUGGGGUGGAAGAGGAGGAGUUGUCAGCGGUCGGCAAAGCAGCAUUCAUUAAACAGCUAUACAUGUGCCUUAUAUCUCAAACAUUGUGGAUGAAAGGAGAAAUUGAGUCAAGACGAAGCCAAAACUAUUUAGGUACGACUAAACAAAACUCUGGUUGAUGGAUAGGAACUCUAAUUUCGAUGAUUCUCACGGAUUUUCAACAGGCUUGCUCAUAUGGCAAUUGAAUGAAGUUUGGCCUACAGGUGGAUGGGGACUAAUCGAAUAUGGGAGAAAAACCAAGGAUGGAUCGCAAAUCUCAGGAGGAAGAUGGAAGGUAAGGUUUGGCUUCAUUUCGUUUUAUUUUUUGAUAUGUAUUUCGAUGAAAUUGACUGGAUACUAACCCGAAUCAAUUAGCCUUUGAUGCAUCUGCUCAAGUCAUCCCUUUUUUUGGAUCAAAUUUCGGCAUGCGGUAAAGGUGGCAUGUGCUAUGUUAGGAAUGAUCAUUUCGAAACUGUGAACUUCAUCGUUUCAUUUGAAGCAUGGGAUAUCGAACAUGUAGCUCCAAUACGAACCUAUGAGUAUACAAACGAGUUGGAAGGAGGAUCGAUUGAUUGGUUUGAUUUACCUUUGGAUUUCACCUUGGAGACUCAGAUAAUACUUAUACAGCUGAAGGUGCAACUCCCCAGUUCUUUAGUUCCAUUUGAUCAUAGGGUGUCAGAAACUAUAUUUCUCGAAGAUAUGCCCAAGAGAUUAAAAGGUCUGCAAAGUCCAGUGAACAUAGAAAUACUAGAUAUCUAUGAGACCAAUAAUGGAGAUGCUGCAAUCAUUCUUGCGAGUGACAAAUUGGCCUUAUUUGUCCUCCUGACAACGAGAGCUGAAGGAAUAUUUUCCGACAAUUGUUUUUUUUUACGUCCACUUGAGAAUAAAGUAAGUAUGCGGAUGAUGUCUAUUCUUUGAUUGUGUGAAAUGAACUAGAGACAAAUGCCCCUAAUAUUUGCUUAUGCUCCUAGAUCGUCAUAUUGCAGUCGCUUGAAAAGAGAGGAACAGUAAACGUUGAGGUCCUUAAAGCGACUUUAAGGGUAGAGCAUCUAGGUCUUUACGUCGCUUCCGCAGGCAAAGUCAACGAAGCUCGGUGAAACCCAAAAAUACAUUUUUCAUUCAAUUCCGAUUGCAACCAUGCCAAAUUAGAGUCGAUGGAUCUAGGUCACAAAUGUCUGGCAGGAUAGAUCUUUACGACAAAAAACAGUGAGAUCAUUGAUCCACGUACAGGGAGAUAACCAAGGGGUUACAAAAUAAAUCAACGUUUUCAUAACGAGAACUUACUCGGUUGGCGGCAUUUUCUUCGACAGAAUUUGGGUCUUCGACGAUGAUUUUGCGUAGACGUCCUCCACAGUUUCAAUAGACGUCAAAUUCGGAACAGUGAACGAGUUCAAGGCCGCGUAAAGAAAGGGGGCAGCAAGGAAUAGAAAUAGAGCAGACACGGGUAUGUGCAACGCAUAGUCUCUAUUUGGACAAUAGUUCUCGCCACUGCGUAGAUGAAUUCAUUGUCCAGAAAAUAGUGUGAGACCGACAUUCAAUACAAAAUCAAAAUAGCAACCUAAAUUGUUUAUGAGAUAACUGGUCUUACAAGGAACUUUCGAUGAUCUCCUGUGGAAUUGUCAACCAAAAGAAAUACGUAAGGCCAAUUGGAAAAAGCAGCAGGUGACAAGCGAAACUACAUUUUUCUAAAGGGGAGGAGCCCUGAGGCUGCUUCUCAUCCGCGCUAUUUUCUGACUCUUCGUUUUUCGAUGAUGACAUUCUUGUUGACGUUCUUGGAUUUCCGCUAGUGCAUCGUUUUCAUACAAAAAAAUUCUAACCGUACAUCUUCUCGUUUCAUAAUGAACAUCCGUCGCCGACUGCGAUACCGGUACACUCUUUCGAACUCAUAGUAUGGUCGUACGGUAAAUACAUUAAGUACUAGUCGGUACGUACUAAUUACGCACCUAUGAUAAUGCUCUAGACAGGCCAAGAACUGUUUCAAGUUUUCACAGAUACAGACAGUACAGUACAUGAAGACAAAUUGAGGGACGUACGUACGCUACAGCAGCUACAGUACCGUAUCGUAUUUGUGAUGCGUUAAUUACGGGUACCAUACUGUACCGUAGGUAUUCAUACGUCCCGUAGACUAUACAGUAAUGGAGGAUGCAUGCAGGGCGGCGGCGGCGCGGGUGGGGGUCAUAAAUAUUAGAAGUAUUU